CGUACGGUACGGCAGCGAGUUAACGGGGGCUCGUUCCUUGCGACCGGCGUUUAGACGGACCGAGGGAAGCCGCAAAAUACGGUAUAUUCGUCGUCGGUCGAGUUUGUCGCCUCGACCACGCGCCGGACCGUGAUCCGUCGCCCUCGCGACCGGAAGAUCGUCGCGGCUCGAGGUUUCCGGAAUCUCAUAUUGUUUCAUAUAUAUUUUAUAUUUCAAUUUGCGAGUGACGGGGAGGACUUUUAGCUCGUUCCGCAUUCGGGAAUUAAUACACGGCAGUCAUGAGCAAGGUGUUCGAGAAGCAGCUCUCCUGGCUGGCGAUCAUCGUGACCGCGCUGUACUCUCUAGUGGCUAGCUGCAGAGGGGAUGAUUGCGGACACGACGAUCUCAGCGCGUGCGCGAAUCCCAUCCGCAAGAUCACCAACACCAACGACUUUGGUACGAUCACUACCAAGCAAGAACUGGAGCAGCUUUGCGGAGAGAUGGAGGCCGGUCUGAAGUGCAUAAAGACCUACUCGCUUCGCUGUCUGAACCCAAAGAAGCGAGAGCCCUUCACCUUGCUCUACAAGGAAGUCAACAUGGCGAUCCUGGAGCUCUGUCACCCUGGACCUUACCAGGACGCCUUCCUGAAACACGCGCCCUGCAUACAGAAGGUCAAGGCUGAUUACGAGCUCUGCUACGAGAGACAUCAGGGGGUCAUCCGCGCCAUCGAGGCGAAGAAUCAGACAGAAGGGGACCCCAACGAAAUCGUGAAAUCCGUCUGCUGCGCUUUCCAGGAGUACAUGGAUUGUGUGCAUCAUUCGGUGCGCAAGCAAUGCGGCGAGGAGGCAGGAAGUUUCUUCAAGGAGUUCUUCGACAGGAUGUCGAUCACGCUCAUCAAGACGCACUGUCAGAAGUACCCGCGCUCGCAGUGCCUCCCAGGGAGCGGGAGCUCGCGGGUGGAGGGUCCGAUGAUCGUCGUGCCGUUGGUGGUGGUGAUCCUAACGCGGUACUUCACGUAAUGACCUCGUCGGGAGGGACAGGUGCAACCUUGCGUCCCGCGUUCGUGGAGGACGCUCGUGGACGUGGUGCCAUCCGGAAGCGAGCCCGGGAGUGCGACCGGAAGUAAGCCCAGACGAGAACCUGGAAGUACAGCCGGAAGUGCGGCCGGACGUAAGCCCAGAAGUCAACCUGGAAGUACAGCCGGAAGCGCGCCCCGAGCCCGGCCCCGCGUUUCUUUCCUUCCCCUCCCGGGGAGUCCCGGAAGGCCCGCCGGAAAACGCCGGGAAAUGGCUGGGAAUAUCCUCCCAGGGGAUGGGAACGCGUCGGCCAGGCCGAGGGCCGCCCUAGAGGGAGUCGGAAGUCGAUUUUCCGACGCCCCCGUGUAGAGAGACGUAGGUUAAGGACCGCCAGAGACGCUCUCCUUUGCUGCCGGGCAACCUCGCCGACGUUUUGCUUCCGAGCCGUUUCUUCGGGUCCGUGCACGGAAACGGUUCUGGAAAUCUGCGAAUUUCCGCCCCGGAGGGAGAGUCGUUUUGCGAUCGAGGACCCUGCCCUCGGUGGGGGUUCCUUUCCGAGUACCGAUCUCCGUGGUGUCUGGAUUGCCGCUACUCCACGAUGUGAUGGGACCUAGGCGCUAUUCACUCGGAAAUCAGGGAAAACCAUUUCCUUCUUUGAGAGCCCAUUGCCUUUGAUUUCAUAAGACGGGUACACAUCUGAGCACGAACGCGUAUGAGCCAAAGCGAACAUACGAGGGUGGACCAACGAUCGAAGUACGGCAAACUGCUUUGGAUCAUUCGACACCCUGUUUAACACUAGAACUACCAAGAUGGGUCAACAUUACUUGUUUGAAAUCCUACAUAACUACCUACUACUACAUUCUACAUAAAAACAAAUCUACCUAUCGUUCCACUGUUAAAGCUGUUCGAAUACUAUUCGUCAAGAUGUCCGUCCACUUCUUCGGACAAUUGUCUUUGUGUCGCGUACACAUCCGAGUACGAGACAAUUGUGCUGCCCCAUCUUGCCUUGUCCGCGUUCGUCUUCGGAUGUGUACCCAAACUGUAUGCUAAACAGCAGGGCGAUUAAGCAACAAGCGACAUUCGGCCUUAAAGUAGUGACAGUAUUCGGUCACUUCCAACGAUUUUCAGCUGGUAUCCAAAUCAUUUCAACCGUUAAGAUCCGAUUUCCUGAGUGACUAACCCCUCGGACGUGACGAUUCGAAGCGACAACGCGCCUCGAAUUGUGAACACGUGGACCGAUACCGUAAUAUGUGCGCAUGCGCAGUAAACGGCGCAUCUUUCGAAAGAAGCGGGAUCACUUUGAAGCAUUGCAGCUCCUUCGGCACAUGCGCAGAUGGUGCUCGUGUCUUUUGGUGCUGAUGUUCCUUUAAUGUCUCACACGUCUCUUCAGACAGAGCGGAUUGGUAUCAGCUGUCCAGCUAAUAUGUAGAUCAACGGUGAAGGAUGGGCAUCAACGAUAACCUUCCUUUCUUAUGAAAGUUCCAACUUUAACAACUAUUGGUUCUGGGAUCGUUUUUCUUUCCCUUAAGGCUGGGACCUAACGUCGAUUCAACGUCCGUUGCCAUGGACGUAUCCGGAUAGGCGAGCGUUAAAGAUGAGCGUCAUCUCGAUUUAAAAAUGAUUUCAUUGGUAUAUGUCCUCGAUGCGGCUUACAAUUCUGAUCGAUUUCGUGCACGGACCUCGAAAAAUGUCGAGAAACUAUCCUCGUUGAUAAACUCACGCUAUAAACGGACACUUACGCACCCUCUUAACUCUUUGGCUGCUAACAGCGCCUAAAGGCGUCCAACGUUUGGUCCAGUAUUGCUUGCACGCUUUGAUGAAUUUCGCCCUUAUGUCGAAAGAGCUCCGCAGAUGAAGGGUUAAAGAUCGCGCGUUACAAUAUGAACCGAUUGGCCGCGUAAAACGGAAAAGUCGAAUCAAACCUGGACCUCGAAAAAUGUCGAGAAACUAUCCUCGUCGAUAAACUCACGCUAUAAACGGCCACUUACGCACCCUCUAACCCUUUGGCUGCUAACAGCGCCUGAAGGCGUCCAACGUUUGGUCCAGUAUUGCUUGCACGCUUUGAUGAAUUUCGCCCUUAUGUCGAGAGAGCUCCGCAGAUGAAGGGUUAAAGAUCGCGCGUUACAAUUAGAGUUCGAAAAUUCUCGGUAACGUUAAAUUGGAGAAGGUAACUGUGAAACAUACCGUAAGUUACCGGGAACAUU